ACUAGCUAAAACCCACCUCCAAAACCAGGUUCUAGCACUCUCUAGCUAGCUAAGCCAUUAGCUAUACCUAUUCCCUUUCUCUCUAUCUCCUCUUCCUCUUCUCAUAUUCCUCUCUCUUCUCUUCACCACUCACUAACUCAGCUCCAAAUUAAUAUAUCAGUUUACUCUUUUUUCUUUUGUCCACUAGUAAUUCAUGAUUUGUUUCUCUCCCCCAUUUUUAGCCAGAGACUGUCUCCUCUUUCUUACAUCCUCUUAGUUUGGCUUUAAUCUGCUAUGGAAACGGAAGGUGCUGUUUGCUACUGUUUAAGCUCAUGAGCAAGAUUCUCAAAGGGAAGUCGGCGUGUUCAUCCUGCUGCUGUUUCCUUCUUUCUUUCUCGAUUUCUAUUUCUAGUGGGAUCCAAAAGGAAGAAAGAAAAAAUAGGUUUACUUCUCUACUAGCUUUGUCUCAUCUUCUAUUAUUAAUUUUCCAACCAUCAUUUUCCUUCUUGGGAAGUCUUUGAGUGGUGACCCCCUUUCACUCCCUCCCUCCUCCCCCCUCUAUGUGUAUCUCUUUCAAAUGAUAGAGAUAUGUUGAGUCUAUAGAGAAAAGGUGGUUUGAUUUGCUUAGAUUGGUUUCCAACUUUCUGGGUGCAGUACACUAGUAUUUGCUUGUUCUUUCUCUUUCCUUCUAAGUUGAGAUCAGCUGAUGAUAUAUGUACAUAUAUAUGGAUAUGUAUAUUCAAAGUUGAGGUGGCUGAUGGCCUUUUAAUUGGCACUUUGUUCUUUGAUCAAAAGGAUUUAAUAUUAGCCCUAGGAGGAGGACCCAUAUCCCAGAGUUCAAACUUUCUUUCCCCUCUUCUCUCCCCUCUCCAUUUUGUUUGCUUCACUAAAAGCUAGAGAGCAUAAUUGUCAAAAAAUUAAACUCCUAGGUAUUUGAGGAGCCAAAAACUAACCACUUUUUAGUUCUAAUCAUUCAAGUUCAAACCGAGCCUCCUAAUUCUCUCUCUUGUUCCUUCUCUUUUGGUCUCCAAUUACCAAACAAACAAGACCCAAAUCAUUAAAAUAAUACCUAGAGGAAAAAGAGAAAGAUCUAGCUAGGACUGAUUAUAUAAUGGAACUUUCAAGUCAAGAAGCUGGGGAGAUCCCAAUCCCAAUAAAUAGUUCCUAUGGUGGUGGGCAUGGGCAUGGGCACAUGAUCCAUCAUAAUCAUCAUCAUCAUGACCCUGCAGCAGCAGCAACAGUAGUGCCCCACAACCAUUCCAAUUUGAUUCCCUCCUCAGCAGUGCCCCAAAAUCAAAACCCCUCCAACACUAAUGGCUCUUCCAUGCCCACAAGCCUAGAUCAUCAUCACCAUCACCCCCAUUCUCAUCCUCAUCAUGAGGAGGAGGAGCAUGUGAACAUUGUGCCCUACAGCUGUAAGAAAGGGGGGGUGAGGUACAAAGAGUGUCUCAAGAACCAUGCAGCAGCCAUGGGAGGGACUGCAACUGAUGGGUGUGGUGAAUUCAUGCCCAGUGGAGAAGAAGGCACCAUUGAAGCUCUCAACUGCUCAGCCUGCAACUGUCACAGAAACUUCCACAGAAAAGAAGUAGAAGGUGAGCAGCAGCCCUUCCCCUCCUCUUGGGAUCAUAACUUUCAUCAUACUAUCAACAGGGUUGGCGUUGGAAGCAGGAAGUUCCUAUUAGGCCCUGGCCAUCACAAGAAUUUAAUAGCAGCCCCCCAAGAGGGUUUAGGGUACCAUACAAUGCCCUCAUCAAGAGCAGCAGCACCCCACCAGAUGAUAAUGUCUUACAACAUGGGAAUGGGAAUGGGGAUGGGGAUGGGGGCCCUCCCUUCAGAGUCUGAUGAACAGGAGCAGCAUGAUGGUGGUGGGGCUGUGGGCAGGCCAGCAGCAGCACAGCUAGCAAAGAAAAGGUUCAGGACCAAGUUUACACAGGAGCAGAAGGAAAAAAUGUUCAACUUUGCAGAGAAAGUUGGGUGGAAGAUUCAGAAGCAAGAAGACUCUGUGGUACAAAACUUCUGCCAAGAGAUUGGGGUCAAGAGAAGAGUUCUUAAGGUUUGGAUGCACAACAACAAACACAAUCUUGCCAAGAAGAAUACCCCACCACCCCCACCCCCACCCCCACCUGCUUAAUAUCAAUUAAAAAAUUAAUUACCAUCUCUCUCAUCAUCCUCUUUCGGUUUGUGCUUAACUCUACCAGUAGCUAGCUUAUAUUACUGAUUAUCAUAUUUAAUUUACCCUGUCUUUUUCUCUUUUAUUUUAUAAUUUUGUCCUCUUUGAUAUUUUU